CAGUGCGCACCAGUAACCUCUCAUGCAUGGCGAGUUCUGUUUUAUUCAUUAUUGAGCAAAAACAGCGGCAUCGCUUUAUUUUCUCGGUAUGUUGUUGAGUUGAGGGCUUCAUUUAAUCGCGUUCUUUAUUUUUUCUGCACAUCAGAUGUUUCUGACACCUGACAGAAGUGUAGAUCGUCUAUAGCUUCUUGUUCCAGUGGAAUUUCGCGGCGCAUAUAUUUUCUUUAACUUUUUCCAAAUCGCACCGAUCCAUGUCGAGCGCGUUUCUUUCUGGAAAUUGACAUCUCGUCCGCUUAAGAGCACAUCUCACUUGUCCACAUGGAUAUUUAUUCCUCUAAACUAUCACCCGCGGUGGAUUAUGGAGUUGGUGCGUUCCUGCUGCUCAUUGCAAUUCUUUCCAUUGUGGGGAAUUUGAUGGUUCUUCUGAUGGCAUACAAGCGGUCAAACCACAUGAAGCCCCCUGAGUAUCUGAGUGUGAAUCUUGCUGUGACAGAUCUGGGAGCAGCCGUCACCAUGUACCCGCUGGCUGUAGCCUCAGCGUGGAACCACCACUGGAUAGGAGGAAACGUCACCUGUGUGUACUACGGCCUGAUAGGAUUUUUCUUUGGAGCAGCUAGCAUGAUGACCCUGACAAUUAUGGCUAUUGUACGAUUCAUUGUGUCUUUAACGCUACAGUCACCCAAAGAGAAAAUCAGCAAAAGGAACGCAAAGAUCCUUGUGGCGACCACAUGGCUGUAUGCACUGCUCUGGGCUAUUUUUCCUUUGAUUGGCUGGGGAAAAUAUGGCCCGGAGCCCUUUGGCCUGUCCUGUACUCUGGCUUGGAAAGACAUGAAGGAACAGAGCCAGUCUUUUGUCAUCACCAUCUUCUUCAUGAACCUCAUCCUCCCAGCCAUCAUCAUCAUCUCAUGCUACUCUGCUAUUGCUCUGAAACUAUACAUUACCUACAAGUCUAUGGACGACAGCAACCACAUCCCCAACAUGGUAAAGAUGCAGCGGCGGCUCAUGGUGAUUGCUGUGUUGAUCAGCAUUGGGUUUGUUGGCUGCUGGGCGCCGUACGGCAUCGUCAGCCUGUGGUCCAUCUACCGGCCCGGUGACUCAAUCCCUCCUGAGGUCAGCAUGCUACCUUGUCUGUUCGCCAAGUCGUCCACUGUAUACAACCCAUUCAUCUACUAUAUCUUCAGCAAGACCUUUAAACAAGAAGUCAAUCAGUUGGGCCGCCUCUGUGGGCGAUCCAACAUCUGCCGUACCUCUGAAGCCAAAAACGGCCCGGAGAAUACCAUCUACCUAGUGUGCGAUGAAAACAAGUCCAAAGCUGGAGCAGAGGAACAAUCAAUAGAGAAGAGCAGGGAGAAUGAGACCCAACUGAUCAGUAGGACCUGUGAUUUGCACUCAUAAGAGUGAAUCGGCACAGAACACUGAUAGUGGAAAGGUUUGAGCUAUUUUUGCCUGGUUGAAGGCACAUGGAGUGCUCCAUGGACUCUUGAAUGAACUUUUGUUUCUUCUUUUAUUCCACAAGCUUCGAUGCCACUCCAUAUCAUCACAUUGUAUGGCAUAGUGCAUUGCUGUGUGACAUUAUCAGUGAGGUGUUUAGGUGUUAUCUUUCAUUAUAAAACGGGCAUUUCGCUGACACAUUCUAAUUCUAAUUCUAGAAUCUUUAUUCAAAUGGAUCGCCAAAAAAUGAAAAUUCUGCAAAACCCAUAUUACUUUCUUUCUUCUGUGGAACUCGUAGAGAUAUUGUGCAUCAGUUUAAGCUUAUGCUUUUAUUAGGUGCAUGGUGAUUCAUACUCCCAA